UAUAAAGUAGAUGUUUCACAAGAAUUAAUUCCUUUUAUCUACCAUCCAAUUACCAGUGGUCGUGGCGAGUUAAUUGUUACAGAAAAUUUGAAUGGUGUACUUCAGCUAUUUCAAAAUAAUACAAACAUUUCAAAAAAUUCUCCACAGACUAUUUAUGUAUCUACUAAUUUAGAAACUGUUCACCAAAUUGAAAUCAAUGCUGCCGAUUUAGAAUAUCUUAAUAAAAGUGCCAAUUCAACUUCUGUUUACUGGUUUGUUGAUUGUAUCUAUCAAGAAAAUACUACAAGUUAUACAUUUUCUAGUAACUAUACUGAACCAGGCAUUCAGCAUGAAAUUCUUGGCAUUGUUGUAGCCAAUAUUCCCUCAUCUAUACCUACACCUCCAACUUCACCUCCACCUACAACAGAAUUUACAGUCAGUCAAAUUAAUUCUACCAAUAUUAAUACGACUAUUGCUACUACUAUAUCUACACCUCCCACUACUGAAGCAUCUUCUAAAACUGAUGUUACAUUAUCUCAUCAUGUAAUCAAUUCGACAUUUACUACUGAAUGUCAACAAAAAAAACAUGUUGAUUUGUUGUUGUCUGCAGUUAAAUUAGAAAACCAACAAAAAUAUGGAUAUUUUAGUCGUUCUCUGCUUACCAAAGAUCCAAUAGCAAAUGUUAAAACUCAAGGAAAAGUGUGGAUACAAGAAGGCGAAAUGUUAAAUCUUCUGGUAAACUGUAAUGGCAGUGGCCCUUUCCGUUAUUGUGCACAUUAUGUUGAAGGACCUUAUAAUGUAACUGGUAAUGAAUCUUGUUUAUGGGAUAGAAAUUUAGUACAAUGUCAAAUGCAAUUUGUUCACUAUUUUCGUGAACCUACCAAUUAUACACUAAUUGUGAUUGUGGCUAAUGAUGUUUCAAAAAYUGUAACACCUAUUGGAAUUAAUAUUUAUAAAGUACAAAAGCAGCCGCAAAUAUCUGUCAUUGUUGUACCAGUAACUUUCAGUUCAAUUGCAGUAAUUAUUGUUGUGUUUGGAAUAGCUUAUUACUUUCAAAAUAGAUCAAGGUAUAUGGUAGAAGUAGCAGAUUUUGAUUUUGCCAAUAACUCCGACAUGGAAUAUAAAACAUUUAGAGAACGUUUGCGUGAUGCUAUAACCCAAGCUAUUAACCGUACACAAGACUAUUCAGAGUAUGAUGGCAGUGAAGAACAAAUUGGUAAUUUGGCUACACCCCAAAAUCAAAAAUAUGGUAGUAUGCAAUGACCAAACACUGUAGUCGGUCCAAAGAGAUGUAAUGUCUAAAUGACAAUACAUUGGACUGACAAAAUGCAUUUUAAUUCUAUAGUGUUACUUUUUUGUUACUGUUCCUUUCAAACAAACRAUUAUUGAAAAAUAACUUUUUGGCAUUCCAAAAAUUUUUGAUUUAAACUUAUGAUUUAGGAUUUUUCGUACACAAUAUAUUAUUAUUUUUAUUAAGAUUUGUAUAUUAAACAAUAAUCAUCACACUUGAAUAAUUGAAGUCUACCGAUUAUAGAUUAUAUUUUUUAGUUUUUCAAUAAUAAAUAAGACUUAAGUAAACAUUUAUACA